AUGGAGAGUGAAUCAUCGAGUGUUGCAAAUGGGAGAACCACUUGGACUCCUCCAAUGGAUCAACUGUUUAUAGAACUUAUGGUGGAACAAGUCAUUGGUAAACAAUUACUUGAUGGUCAAUUUAGCAAAAUUGCAUGGGUGAGCAUUGUCACCAAAUUCAAAGAAAGAUUUGGACCUUCUUUUAAUAAGGAAGUGCUGAAAAAUCGCAUGAAAACUUUGAAGAAAAAUUUUAAUGUUAAACAUCCGGAAUGCAAACAGUGGAGGACAAGGUCUCUUCCACAAUAUAAUGAACUAGCUAUGAUAUUUGGUGACAGUAGGGCCACUGGAAAGUAUAGCAGGUUUAGGGAUGAUAAUAAUCGGGAUAAUAAUGAGGUCGAUGAGGAUCGUGAUGAUAAUACUGAAGACCAGAAUGAGAAUCCUGAAGACCAUAACGAGAAUACGUAUGGAAACGGCAAUGUCAGCGAUGGGAUGGUGGAAGCAAUUAGUUUGAUGGCAAGUGCUGUUAUCAAUAUAUCGACCAAAAAAGAGGAAAAUAGAAACUCUUCUCUGGAGAAAAGUGUAGUUGCUGCACUUGAGGAAAUUGUACCAGAACCGGAUGAUUUUUUAUUCAUGCAAGGUUUAGAGUUAUUGGAAGAUGAGAAAAAAGCAAAGAUUUUCAUAGCGUUGAGUGGGGAUAGGAGACGAUGUUGGUUAUUGUCAAAGCUUAACUAUUCCGAUUACUAUUAA